CGAUAGUAUCGACAGUAUAUCUAGACGAAAGUUGUUAUUUUGGGGUUUGUUGUUUGAGCCGGAGACUUCCGAGAAUCCUUACGGUUUCUAAGGCGUAAUUUCCAGCAACUCCGCCAUGGCCACCAGCAAGGAGUUGUGCUCCAUCCGGGAGUGGGCUCCGCUGACCGACGUCAUUGAUCACAUUCCGGCCCAGCUGCAGCGCGGGUUCUUUCCGGCCAAUCUCAAUCUGACCUGCGUUGACGCCACCGAGCAGUUCCUGGCAGUCGGCAGCGACGCGGGCAUUGUUUUUUGGUACAACCGCCAGUCGGGGGAAAUGCAGAAACUCAAGGCGGAGGUGGCCACUCGAAUAACGUGCGUGCGUAUUGUCAACUCGGUGGAGUAUAUGGUUGCAGCGGGGUGCGCAAACGGGCAGGUGAGCAUCUUCCAAAUCCAGAAGGAGCUGCCUCGAGACCUGGACCUUGUGGCUCCCUGCACGCGUAGUAGGCCCAUCGAGCGCUACACCAUCAGGGACCUGCACAAGUGCGUGGUCAGCUGUUGUGAGUGGUCAAAGAACGGGAUGAAGCUCUACUCCGGCGAUCGCCAGGGUGUAGUGGUGCUCACAGAGUUCGAUUACCAGGCACACCUCAGCAAGUCCGUAGAGAUUCUGAGCGAAGCGUACGAGAUCGUGCAGCUCAGCGUUCAGCAGAGCCAUCUGUUAGUGGCCACACUCUAUCGCUGCAUCGUCUGCCAGCGCAACGCUAGCACCUCCCAGUGGACGAUAACGCAGGUGGGCAAGAAGGACCGGAAACAGCUUAUCGACUGUGGAGCCGUGUUUCUCAAAAAAUCGCAGGACCAAACGAUGCAGCUCGUCUGCGGUCGUCCUGGCCUGCGCUUCUGGGUGGCUGACAUAGCGGGCAACGUCUCCAAGACCGUGUUGUUCAGAGACGCCGUGUUGCGCAGCCCCACCUGGGAGAUUCCCAUCCUCAACCCAAAGCAGUUCCACGAACCGUCCAGUAGCCACCACUUGGCCGGAUCUGCAGCUUCAUCUUCAGCUCCGCCUGGGCCAUCAGGAGCGGGCAAUGGCGAAAUGGGCUACGUGGCUAGCAGCAACUUCCGUCAGCUGUACCUGUACGAUGGUUGCGACUCACUGUUGGUGACACACGACGACGCCACCCUGUACAUUCUGAACUUGGACAAACUCAAGGUGGAGGCAGUUGCACGUGGGUUCCGAAAGAUCCUCGACUUCUGUGUCUUUGGCAAGGAAAUAUUUGUGCUGGAGGGCGAGCGCUCGCUGUUACGAUUGGCACCACUGCCUGAGCCGCCGAACAAGAAGGCCAAGGUGAUCUUCAAUCCACUGAUGCCGCCACCUGUUCCGCUAAUGGGUUUGUCAUCACAAAGCGAGCGACUCGAGUCACCGCUUGAGCUGCAGGCAGAGCCCGUACUGCAGGGCGCUGAGGAGUGCUUCGAAGUGCCGCCCGGGGAACAGCUGGACCUGAAUGUACCAAUAGAAUUGGCCGUCGAGUCGCCGCUGGCUCAGCAGAACCGUCGCUUGGAAAUAUUCCGCCGCAUCGGCGAAAUGGACUUCGACCAGUAUAUCGUCCACACCAGCAGAAAGACAUGCGCGGACAAGGCACCGCCGGUCAGCAGUGGUUCGGGCAUCGUGGAAAUAGGCCACGAGACGCAUGAGCUUAGGUUGCCACUCACAAAUGCCGCCACACUUAUGGAAGCCAGCUACUGCCAGAUGGAGAACAAUGGCCUAGCAUCGCCGCUGGACAUGAAGACCGCUUUUCUACAGCACCUGCCGGACGCUCUUAGUCCCGUCACUCUGCAGAAGACGGUCGCGGAAAAGGCCAAGUCCCUGGCCGCCGAACUGGACUUGCCCGAGGUGCACUUGGUCCCGCUAAGCCAGGAGGAGUUGAUUGCUGCCAAGGCGGUGACGCCCGAGCUAAGCGAAUCCCUCAUCCGGUGCUAUCCCACCACGCAACUGGAAGAGACCAGUGUCCAGACCACCUUACAGGGACAAACACAUGACCACAUCGCGGACGCAGACUAUAAUGCCGGUCAGCCAGUGGAUGGAAUCCGACCCUGUCCGCCACUGAAGCCCAAGGUGGCGCCACUUAAGUUUGUCAAAAGCCAGCCAAAGGCAACCCUUAUAGUGGAGGAUGAGACGGAAUACAGUAGCUUCCUGCCCGACUUUCGGCGGGCAGGAGACCCUCUGCGCAAAGAAACCCCGCCGGCCACCAGUGACUCGAACACCUCCAGCGAGUGGGAGUUCUUGGACAACUAGCUUGAUAUUACCCAAAUGUUUUUUAGUUUUGAUUUCCAGCUUAUUGUGUUUAUGCUUAUGCAUUCCUUUGCUUCGUUCGAGCAAGUGUUGUGCUUAUCAGAUUGUGAUCACCGUGAUUUUUUUCGUAUUUAUAGUGAAAUUUAUAAUAAUUGUACAUAACUAGAUAUAGGCUAUACGCACGAAUCUGAGCUUCAAAUUGUAUCAGCCAGUUAUUUGAGUUCCAAAUAUCUUGGCGUAGCACUCGUAAGCACUGUAUUAUUUGUCAUUAAACCCUUAGUUGCCAGAGAUUUUCGAAUGAUUAAGAAUGCGCUACUUGAGUUCAAGGUCGCCCUGCGAAAUACAUGCAGUAAAUUUACGUUA